AUGUGGGAGGCCAGCCGCCGCACGCUCAUCAAGACCGCCACCUCCCUGCACGUAAACCCGCGCCAUGUCAUUGCGGAGCUCGUCGGCAUGACUCUGUUUGUGUUCAUCGGUACUGGAGCUGCGGUCUUUUUCUCCAACCCUAAGACCACUGAUUACAUUGACGUCACCGGCGAGGGCACCACCAACCAGAUUGUGGCUGCCGUGUAUGACAACCUCACCAUCAACGCCAGCUUCGGCAUCGUGACCGCCCUGGCCUUUGGCAUGGCAAUCAUGGUCGCCGCCUUCUCCAUCGGCCACGUCAGCGGCUGCCACCUCAACCCCGCCGUCACCGUCUCCCUCGUGCUCUCCGGCAACUGCGGGCUGGGCCAGGGCGUGGCCAACAUGAUUGCCCAGUUUGCGGGCGCCACGCUGGGCUCCCUGCUGCUGUGGGGCACCUCGUCCAUGCGCGACGGCGGCCUGGGUGCCAACUCCAUCGGCGACAGCUUCACUGUGGGCAACGCCAUCCUGGGAGAGAUCGUGAUGACCUUUGUGCUGGGCCACGCGGUGCUCAUCCCACUGGACGGCUGCAGCAUCAACCCCGCCCGCUCCUUUGGCCCCGCCCUUGUAGCCAACAAGUGGACCGACUACUGGGUCUUUGUCGUGGGCCCCCUGGCCGGCGCCGUGCUGUCUGUGCCCUUCUUCUACCUGGUGUCGCAGCCGUGGGAGGCCAAGCGCGACGCCAAGGGCCAGGUGGUACUGGAGGAGACGGAGGGCAUGAAGAUCACUUCCGAGGUUUAA